UUUUACGAUAAUGGUGCAAAUAACCCAAACCGAUGAAGAAAUUAAAAUCACAAUUGAAUUAAAUCGCCUGAUAACCCGCAAGCCGGACAUUGUCCUGCUGCCAACAUAUCUGAAAUUCAAUAACCCUCCGAUAUUUUUCGAACGACAUUUGGUACAAGAAAUCGAUGAAGUGGCAAGUUUUUGUCGCAUAUUCAAAAAUGAGGCACGCAUUGUGUUAAUCAAAAAGGCCAAAGGCAUUUGGCCGGAAAUCUUUAAGAAACUUAGCAAAGAAGAGUUGCUGCAAAAACGCCUCGAAGUUUCCGAUCAAGUAGUGCAACGCAAUAAGGAACGUGAUGAGAAGGCAUUGGAACGUUAUGAAAUUAAACGGCGUAAUGAAAUUGAUCGUGAGGUGAGGCGUGAGACGGCCAUGCGGGAAAGGGUUAAACAAUUCCAUGAACAGGCUUGUCGUGAAGCUAUGACAGUGGCGCCCAAGGAGACGCAUAUGAAAACUAAACAAGAAUCGUAUGGAAAUGGAUCGACAUCAGCUAGAUCUAAUAGCCGCUUGGGUACACCAAUUGCACCACGCUCCUUACCAGCUUUACGAACCACUGCAAAGAUAUGUGUCAGUUUCUCAUCAUUCAAAUAUGAUACACCGAAACGAGAGUCACAGGAGGGAGUACCGCGACCAUUUGUCGUGGAUGAUAUGCAAAAUGUUCGAGAAGUCGAUAAUUCGAAUGUAUCAUAA